AUGCCAGUGAGAUGUGUAACGAAAGUAGCUCCAGCUCAUGAAUUAAAUGAAUUUCGAAAAUAUUAUAAAUCUGCUAAGAAAUUUGUUGAUGCAUCAGAUAUGUUACCAACCAAAUAUCAAAAAAAUUACGUCAAUUUCGAACGUCAAUAUGUAAGGAAACAAUGUGGAAUAUAUGUUGAAAGUAAUGAGGAGGACGAUGACAACAACGAGAAUCAAGAUCCAGAGAACGAUGAAAGUGAAAAUGAGAAUCAAGCUAACAGGAAAGAUCGUUCAAAAAACGAAAUAACGGCUAAUUCAGCAAUAGAACGAACAAUAAAACCAUGGCUCUCAAAUAGUUUUACAAAACCACUUCGGGUAUUAUGGGGCACAAGUGGUUACCCACAUUUAAUGUGUAUUUACAAAAUCCUAACUGUGUUGCCGGUUACAAGCUGCAGUGCUGAAAGAGCACUGAGCAAAGUUGCUAUAGCUAAAAAUCGGUUACGGUCGACAAUGAUAGAUGAUUGGUUUGCAUCACUAGUAAUUAUUGCAUCUGAAAAAGAUAUUGUUAACAAAUUAAACAGAGAGGAGCUGAUUGACGAUUUUGCAAUGAGUUCGCGUGCAUUGAAGAAAGAACUACUGCAACAAUAUCAAGGUUAA